AUGGGCGGUAAUUCAAAUCUCGAUGUUAUGCUGGCGGGCGGCGGGGCAGCUUUCGUCGUAGAUUUGAUUGUCUACCCGUUAGAUACCUUGAAAACCCGCCAGCAAAGUCGAGAUUUCGUCAAGACAUUUGCCAACCCGUCUACUAAGACUAAACUACCCUCGCGGCAGCUCUUCAGGGGCUUAUACCAGGGUAUCGGAAUAGUCAUAGUUACUACUUUACCUGCCGCGGGAACAUUUUUUACUACCUACGAAGCGGCUAAGUCGUUCAUCAACCGUCACGGGUCCCCCUUAGGUCUUCCGCAACCCUUAGUGCAUGCAGGCGCAUCAGCCAUAGGGGAAUGUGCUUCGUGCCUGGUCCUUACUCCUUCCGAGGUCAUCAAGCAAAAUGCCCAGAUGUUGCAGCAAAAGUCCGGCAGCUCACGCAGGUCUGCUUCCCUUCAAGCCUUAAAGCAGCUGACCGUAAGCGGCACGGGCGUAGGGCGCAAGCUGUUAUCGGGAUACACCGUUCUAAUAGCUCGAAACCUACCUUUUACAGCUAUCCAGUUUCCCAUCUUCGAAUAUCUGCGUACUAAGAUCUGGAGCCAGCGAUCUCGUACGGGCCAAUCUAACACGGGGUUCGGCGCGGGAGAGAAGCGAACUCUACUUGAGACUGGCGUUAUCACUGGGACAAGUGCUGGGUUGGCGGGUAGCUUGGCUGCUAUCGUCACGACUCCUAUGGAUGUGGUGAAGACACGGAUGAUGCUUGCAGCCGGGAGCAGCCAGGGUGUAGAUCAGGGUGUUCACGACCGGACGCAUACGUCUCAAGGCGUAACCAAAUACAAGGUACGGGGUGGACUCGCCGUAGCACGCGAAGUUGUUUCGGAGACGGGUAUCUCGGGGUUGUUCAGGGGUUCGGCUCUUCGCGCUGUAUGGACUCUUGUCGGUAGCGGUCUUUACUUAGGCACAUACGAAGUAGCAAAGGUUUGGCUCUCGAGGAGAAAGGGGCAAAGUAGCGAAGAUGACGCCUUUAUUUAA